ACGGAAGCUUCCGCUCGUUUCCUUUGACUUUAGCUCGACAGUGGUGCUGCUGCUGAGCGUCAGCAGUGUGUGUGUGUGUGUGUGUGUGUGUAAGAGAGAGAGAGAGAGAGAGAGAGAGAGAGAGAGAGAGAGAGAGUGGUGGUGGAUGGUGGACUGUUCCCGGUGAAAAACACCGACCCCCGGCCUCACGGAAAAUGCCUCACCGCCGCGUGUAGACGGCCGAAGCUCGCGGAGGGGGAGAGAGUCAGGUCUCCAGGCAGCGGAAAAUAGAGGAAAAUAAAAGGCAGGAUGUUGCAAGUUUUAGCUUGUGGCGCCGUAGUUUUCCCCGGUCUCUUCUUCGCCUUCAGGAGGAUCCUGCCGUGUGUGUUCAAACACUGGAGCGAUGCCGACGUGGUGCUGGUCAGCGAGAGACUGGUGUCUUCUAUCCAUGCCAUCAUGGCAACCACGGCCGGAGUCAUCGUCGUGUCAUCAUGCCGGGGCAACAUCAUUAACGACAGGCACUGGCUGGCCACCUACUUUGUCAUCUGGUAUGGUGUGCCCUACAUGACAUACGACAUCUUCGCCAUGUAUCUCAGUCACUACUAUCGCUUCCGCAUCAAAGGGCACGAGGAGUACAAGCAGCAUUCGCUGAGGACCGUAAACUCCUUCGUGCGCAGAGAGUUCCUGCUGGUGUUGCAUCACAUCGCCCUGCUCACUAUCCUGCUGCCUGUCACACUGUUCUUCAGAAGGGACCAGGGGGAUUUCUUCAUCGGCUGCUUGUUUCUAACAGAGCUCAGCACACCCUUUGUCUCCCUGGGGAAGAUACUUAUUCAGCUCAGCCUCCAGGAUUGCUGGGUGCACAAGGCCAAUGGCGGUAUGGUACUACUCACCUUCUUUAUGUGCCGCAUCGCCUUGUUCCCCUACAUGUACUGGGUGUAUGGCAGCCACUACAACAUCCCGCUCUACAGCGUGCCCUUCCACCUGCCGUUGUCCGCCAACCUGGGAAGUUGUUGCAUCCUAGCGCCGCAGGUCUACUGGUUUGUCCUGCUUUGCCGGAAGGGCUACCGUCUGUACCGGCGUAGCCGUAUGGCGAACUCGUCUUCUGCGGCUCCUGUCAUUGACAAUAGGAAGGAUGAUUGAUAUCCGGUUCACGAUUGCCCGCUCAAGCCGCACACUCAGCUACUAACGCAACUACUUCUGCAAAGGCACUAGUCUGACUUAACACAUUUCAAACCCCACCAUUGUACUGUAGUACACCAGGACUGCCUGCUCUUGUCCCACAACUCCGGGCAUUUUCCGCACACUUUAACUCCUCUAUUACAAAUCUGCUGCCUAAGUGGACCUCUCUACCAAUCCAAUUCUACUACUGAAGUUUGAUGAUUUGGGUUUAUCUAUUUUUUUUUUUUGGAUUUGGCUCUUGCCUGGAUCUUGUUGAAGUGCUACACUACAUCUGUUAACAUUUAUAACACUGAAGAAAGAUGUUUGCUUCCCUGCGAGUAUACAUGGGAGUAAAAGCACCGGAAACUGAAGAAGAGCCUCCGUUGAGAGACAUUAUCUUAUCUCUUACUCCUACUGUGUUUACAGCCUCUGCUGAUUUGGAAGGUCUGUUACAGUGUGCGUGUGAGACUUGCUGUUAUGACAGGUUGUAUUUAUUUUUAUGGUUUUGCUGUAAUGUGUUGGAUAGUUGCGUUCCCUCUUCCAUCCAUUCACUAAUCACACUGACGAGAAGGAUUAGGAAUAGUGGUGGGUGGGAUGCAAAUCCAGGCAGUAUUAGCAGGAAUAACUGUGAGGGACACGUCACCUCAUCCACAUUUGAGAGCUAAAAACAGCUACAUUUGCUAAAACCCUUAUUAAUGUGAUAGCUUCUGACUUUUCACCUCUGUUCAUUUUGUUCGCAUGCCACACCAUGGCCUCAGUUCGCCAGCAUCAAUCCCUGUCUUUCCUCUCUCUGUAACAUCCGACACACUUUCAACAGCCCUGGCUCAUUUGUUUCCCCGAAACCAGAAGCUCUGUACCCGUAGUGUGUCCCCAAGAAUCAACGCUGCAUUCAUGUUCUUGGGAAACUUCAGUUUUAACAAAGUUGAACGUUUUCAGGAAUUCAGUUUGGCAGAGUUUGGGAACAGUGGCAACAACAAGGAAUUACCUCCGUUGUGGGAACCAUUCUUUGUCAUUUUCUGUGAAGCGCAUGGCAUAAACCAGCUCCAUGCUGGGUUUUUUUUUCUUGCAUGUUAGCUUGAUACUGUAAAGUUAAGUUAUGUCCUCGAAUAUAUCACCUUAAGAAAAUACAGACCAGAUGGAUCUCAGUAUCUAAAUAUUACAAAGCCAUGAAAGGACAAGAUAGGGCCCUCUGUUAAAAAUAGCCUGUAUUUGAACUAGCGUACCCUCAAGUGCGAGGACAGCCGGAAUUGUAAAUGUCUGCUGUGUCUGUAUUAUUUGCAUAAGUUAGGAUUUUACAGAGCAGAGGGUAUGUUAGGGUUUCUUGCUACUGACGGAUUCAUCUUUUGAAUCGCUGGAGCAUCGCUGCUGCUAAGGAAACACUGCGAUGCUGACAGUCGCGGACAAAUCAGUCUUUGAGGGUCACUUGUGGUCAAAAGUCAAAGGCUUUUGGAGAUUUGUUCUUUCCUGUAAAAAAGUACCUCUGCUCUGCUCGUCAGACCACAGAGGGCCUGAAUGGGGACGCUUAAUGUAGGAUGAACUCAGGGCCAAGGUUAGAGCAAUAAGGUGAGCAGUGGCUCGCCAGGGUGGAUUGAAAUUUCUGAGCAACUACCACAAAACAUCGAGGACAUCCUGAUACAGAUCCAGUUUAGUUUCCCUGAGGCUCAGAGAUUUAUGUGCACUUGUGUAUUAACUGUUGCAUUGAGCACUUCACACAGGGUUGUAUAUACUUCCAGUUUUUAGAGAUUUGCAUCACAUUUUAGUUUAAUCUCAAAGACAAAACAUUUUAGAACUAUAUUUAGACAUCACAAUCAGACCUGAGAGGACUUUUUUUUAUAUCAUGCAGAGCAAUUAUUUGUUUUGUUGAAAUUAUAAAGACAUUUAUCUAAAAGGCAUUUAUGAGAGAAAAUCAUUUAAUAUUCCUGGUCAUUCAAGCUUUAUAGUGAACUAACCGAUUAAAAUACACGUUAAUGGCCUUUUUUUAUGUCCUGCAAAUUCAAUCUAUGCAAAAAGAGGCUGCUGCGGUGCAUGUAUACAACACUAACGUCAAGUCAUAUCGAACUGAUCCACGCCUCAAUGUACUUCUCUUGUUUGUUUUUUUUGUUUGUUUUUUUGGGGACCAUUCAUUUGUUUCUACUGUGCAUUUCUACUGGGACUCCACACUACAAAUAACAGUCUCGUGUUACAUUUCAGUUGAGUUGGAAGUUGAAAAGUCUUUGUCUGUCUUUCAAGUUUACCUCACUGAUGUUUUGAUUAAUUCAAGUUUAUGUAAUGCUGGGGAAAAAAAACAAACAAAAAAAACACGACUGUAUAUUGAUCAUUAUUAACAACUUUGUAGCAUCAUGCCGAAAAGUUUACAACUUAGCUCAGUUGACAAAUUGGACAAAGUUUUCCCGUUUGAAACUGACUUGACAGGGCUGUCACUUUUUUCAAAAAAGGUUUGAACGCAACUAAUACGAAAAAUCGUUGGAAUAAAUUUGAAUGAAACUCACUCACUAAUGUUGUUGUAAAAUUUGACAUAGCUAGCAAGCUAACGAGCUUUGUUUUUUAAUGGCAGCAAUUAGCCUUUCCCUUAUCCGCAUUUUGUUUGGGUUCAAAUCCAAAAUGUUUCCACACAUUACGCUCUCGGAAGGUUUUGUGUCAUGAUGGCUCGUUUCUUUUUUUUUUUUUUUUUGCGUUAAAGCGAGGCUUCGUAACUUUUGCCGAACAGCAGCCACUGUGAAUCUUUCAAAGCGAAAGAUGUUAAAAUAUUAGCUAACAGUAGCCACCAUAAGCUAACGGUCAUACCAGACCAAGUGAGGCUGUAGGUGGAAAUCCCGAGUCUGUCCCCUGAGUUAAGGUGAGGGUGUUUUAUUGCUUAUGAAUUCGACUUGUUUUCUUUCAUAAGUUACAUAGGCUCGCUUUAACAAAGCAAAAGCAGUGUUUGAAAUUUCGAAUAAAUCAUGACAGCCUCGUGACUUGAGGGCUCUUUUUUAAAUCUCAAUUUUUCUACCCUGAAAGAAGUCAAAAGUUUCAACUUUCAUGCAUCAAGACAGCUAAAAAAGACCAGUUGUCGCAUUAUGGGUUCUGUAGUGCUCCUGUGUGGUGGUCCUGCAGUCAGUUUCUGCACGCCACUAUGGCAGACGCAUCAGUCUCCACGUCUGGUUGGAACGGCAGUGCAGGGAAAAGGUGAUGAGUCUUGUUGUUGGUAGACUGACUGUUUGCUGACGAGCAGCGCAAGGAUGAGGCAGUAAGGAGAGCCGAGCUGCUGAAUGAUGGGCUUGUUUGUCUGGUUUGGCUGCGGCCCCAAUAGAGUGCAGGCCUCUUUUGUCCAUUGCUGACCAGGCCACUCUUACUGGAAAUAUCCCAGGCUCUUUGUCCUGGUUUCAGCUGAACUCUCCCACUCUUGUUUCGUUAUUGUUCUGUUCACCCACAGCAUCUUCUUACAUCCACUGUUGGUGGUAGUUACCUUUGACAUUAAACAAAAACAAAAUGCUGUGUUCAUCAGUUUUAUUCUUACACUUUAGUCCCUAACAAAGUUGGACUGUAGUCAUAACUAGCAGUUUAGUCACCCAUUUUUAUUUUUGUGGUCAAAAUCUGCAUGUCAUUCCUUCCCAAAUUGUGCGUCACCUCCUUCUUAUCACCUCCCUUCCAGCCUCCAAUCCUCCCGUCAUUCCUGCUCUGGUCUUUCAUUUUUACUCCUCUCAGUCUCUUGGCUGAUUUGCUCUGCAGUGAUAGAAAGUUGCUGAGAGCGUUCGCAGAGCAGAGCGUGCCCUCCCUCCUCUCUGCUGCCAUCUGUCGUCAGGAUUAUCUGCUUGUCCACUCAGCAGUUUGCAGGCAGGGCCAGUUGGGAUCAGUAGAUCCGGGCGGCCGGCCGGCUGGCCGGCCAUUUCUUAUAGAAACCGUGCAUGUAGUCUGCCGCCUUUAGACACACAUAUCUGUUUUCAGCCACCGUGUUCUCACCCUCCACUAAGUACGACAUAUGGUGUGGUUUUAAUGCUUUGGGAUUGGUUUCAUCUAAUGUUCUUUAAUGACUUUAUUAUUGGUUGAUGGACACAACAUUUAUACCAUCAUGACACAAAACAUUUUGAGGUGUAGUAAUAGUACAUCAACAGACAGAGAAUGCCCCCUCUUGAGGUUUUGCUAGAGUCAGGUUUUAGAUGUUCAGAAAGUCACUUUAAACUUCCCUUGGGCCGCGAUUUUGACCCAUUUCAUAGUUGCAGAAACUGUCAAAUCUGACAGAUAGUUGUGGAAAUAUCUGUUGCAUUUGACAGUGUUAGAUGAACUAGACUUAGCUUUGAAUUAUUGUAUUAAUAUAGAAAAUAUGACAUUCCACAAUAGAUCAUGAUCAUUAAAAGUCUUUUUUUCCUUCAUUGUGUCCCUCUGGUAACUAAGAAAGGAAAUUUCUAUAUUUGUAAGACUGUGACGAUGUCCAAAAUUCAAAUGUAAUUUCUGUACAUGAAAAAUAACACCCAUAUCAACUGAUGACUUAUCAAUACCUGAUGAUUUUUAAUAAAAAUAAAAAAAACCAAUACCUGAUGAAUUAUUCUGACCUGAAGUUAGCCUGCUACACUGACCUGACCGCAGUGUUUAGUUCUUGAAAGUUUCAUAGCCAAGGGAAGACAAGCCACCUUAUUACCAUUGCUAGCAGGCUGGAUGACUGCCUCAUGCAGUCAUGUUGCACAUAAACAGCAUUUGAUCCAAAACCUGAGAAAGAAAGAAUUACGAAAGGUUUAAGGCAUGCAGAGUACACAUAUCUUAACAGGUAUUCUUUGUCACAUGAUAGAUUCUUAUUGUAGAAAGUCUUAAGUACAUCCUCUUUGCUCAGGGUUUGAAGUUUGAUGAAGUUAACAUAUGUGUGUGUAUAGAGGUUUAUUGUAAGAUAAUGAAACAGACAGAUUCUGAAGAUGAUCUUGAAUGGUUUCUUUUCUAUAUGAUGUUUGUUUGUUUUUUCCUUAGAGUUUUCUUCUAUUUAUGCUUUCCAACAUGGCUUGUGGUAAUUUAAUUUCUAAGGGUUGGUAAACCAAAGACUGAGUUGAGCACUUGAGUUUAUCACAGUAAUUGUAUGAAGAGAGAUCCAUUUGAUUUUCAGUAUUUUAGACACGCUGUGACCCACCUCUCAUUUAAAAACAUAACUACCCUCCAACUGUAUCCUCUUUCCUUGGGUUUCCAGAAAGUGACCAACUUGUUGGGUCUGUGAUGAAUGAAAUACAGUUACCAGCUGUUAAGUUGACUCUUUACUAAGAUUUAAGUUUGGGGCAGUGACAUUUUACUACUUUGGUUUGCACACUGGUUGUGAAACUACAUCCUGAUGUACCUCUUUCUUUACCCAUAACACAUUAACAUUUGAAAAGAUGUGAUUUGUUUUCCCUGUACUUGUAUGUAAUGGUCAAAUUUAAUUGUCUGAUUCCUGUUGAAUGGGAACAUGGACACUAAAAUGAAUACGAGUACGGCUCUGCCACAUCGUGCUAACACUGGUUAGCAUAGGCCUCUGCCUAUUGGUAACACUGUUUGCUGGUUCACUGUUCAUGCAAAUGCUACAUCUUGCAUUGUCGAGUCAUAUCAACCCCCAAGCUAACAAAAACGUUUCAGCACAGGUCUUUAGGAUGCUAACACUUAAUUUAUGUCAAGUGGUUGUUCCAAACCAACACUAUAUGUUUCACUAUUAAGUUAUGGAUGCUAACAUUUCAGCAGAAUGGUCUCUAUUAAGUGAGAGUGCUCUCCAUGCUAACACUUGGUGCAGACAUGGGUCCAUGUGGCUUUAAGGCAUAAUGAGCUACAAGCUAACAAUUUAUGUUGACACAUUAUGUUAAGUUAUGGUAAGCCCCAUGCUAAUACUUUAGCCUACACUAUAUUCAGGCCACCACUGAUGAUUGAUAUGUUAGCGUUCAUUCAGUUCAGCUCCCAUAAUGUUUUGACAUCCCUCCUGUGUCUAAGACGGAUGGGAGCUGUUGUUGGAGGCUAACACCGUGUCAGACAUGCACAUUAAAGAAACUAGGAACCAAGGAGGAAAUUAUGAAUGUGGCAGGACUUUGGCUCUUUUUGGUUUGGGGUUGUAGCCCUGUAAGACUCCUGUAAGUUAGUGCAAAACACUACUGUGUCCAAACUUUGGUGUCUAUGUUCCCAUCAUGUUAAUCUUAUGUAUAUUUAGGUAAUACACCUUUUUUGAAGUUUCUGUGGAUUGUUAAGAUGUGAAUGGGAAUGAUAACUUGCACGUGGGAUCUCUUCUGCCGCCAUGAUCUUUUUUGUAUGAUUUGCUGCUUUGUCACAUUGAUUUAUGGUUGGUCUCUCUUUCCUGGGGAGUGCAGGAUUUGGCUGGGGUGGGGGGGGGUUGGGUUUGGUGGUGGGCUUUUUAAUGAAGGCUGAAUAAAGGUUUUAAAGCUAGAACAGGAUUUAAAGUUUGUGGUCUAAUGCCAUGUUCAUGUCAUAUUGGAUGUAAAUAAAACUUGAUGGAGAGUGACAUCAUUUCAUGCUGAUCCUGGAAUCCCAGGAUUAGUACUAAUUACAAGUUGUUGUUUGUCGUCACCCAAUUGGUGUCAGCAGCCGAACAUACACACAUCAUUAGUAAAAGAAAAAGUUGUAAUGACACCAGUCAGUUCUACAUCUAAAGCAUUGUCUGAACGUGUAGCCACAAUACUCUGUUUUUGGUUUCUUCUGAUACAAUGUGAAUGCGGCAUUAGGCUGAUGAAUUGCACGGGAUAACUUUGGAAACAUUUUUGAAUGAGGUGCGAAUAAUGUGUUGCUGGGACUGAUUUUGAUCUGUGGACAGUGAACCAAAUUUGGUCUCCAGUGCCUUGUGAAAAAUCUAUUUGUGAUACCCACAAAACUCAGUAUGAAAGAGCUAAGUUUGGCAGGCAGUGUUUACAGGUUGUGGCUGUAUUUAUUGUGUUUACCAUCAUCAUCAUCCUCAUCAUCCUCAUCAUCCUCAUCCUCCUCAUCCUCAUACAAAAUUACUGUCUUAGCAAGCAUCAAGAAAAGUCUCAUUGUUCAUUUUAAAAUCACAUCAUUCAUAUUUUAAGCGGUUGAAGCUAUUUGGAGAAAAAGAAAUUGCUAUGCAUCUACUGCUAGAAUGAAAAUAAAAGUUUGAUUCUGUUGAGAUUAAGCCUUUAUAUUAAUAUUUUGUAGUAUUUCAUAUUUUGUAGCAUUUAAUCUAUAUUUUGAAAUCACCAAACCACUCCCAUAAUGUUUUUUUUUUUCUAUAUGGAUAUACAUUCUCAUUUGAGGUUGAAACCCUUUAAAGAAUAGACAUAUUGUAGUCUUGAAUUUGUUUGCUGUGUUUCUGUUUUACAAAUAUCAUCUGUCAGUUUGGAGGAUGUGUACGUUUUGGAGAUUUUGGAUUUUAAUCUUGACCUGCUGUCCAUAUCACUCACUGUUCCACCAUGGGUGUGUAACUGACUUAAAUGCAGCACCUUCACAACCUUUAACACUUCCUGCCCCACAUUAUUUUUGAUAGCAUUCUAAUUUUUCAUACAUAUAUAUAUAUCUCUAUCAGAUUUGAUGCAUCUGUCCUUUUUUGUAGCGUGACCUUUUUUGAGGAAAAUUUCCUAUCUGAAGAGACUGGACUGUUUUACGAAAUAGCUUGAAAGUAUUGAUUAUAAGAGGAGUUAUGUACUGUAGCUGCAACUUGUGAAUUCAGAGCACCCCUUUAAAAUUCAAUAAAUUUGAUUUGAUAGAC